AUGGCCCAGGAUUUGGGAAUGGAGUCCACUUCGCUGGACGAUGUUCUGUACCGCUAUGCCAGCUUCAGGAACCUGGUAGAUCCCAUCACGCACGACCUAAUCAUCAGCCUCGCCAGAUACAUUCAUUGCCCCAAACCAGAGGGGGACUCACUUGGGACCAUGGAGAAGCUCUGCCGGCAGCUGACCUACCACCUGAGCCCUCACUCCCAAUGGCGGCGCCAGGGCAUCGUGAAGAGGAAGCCGCAGGCCUGCUUGAAAGCGAUCCUGGUGGGGAAUCCGCGGGACAACACAGUGGACCUGUCCGGCAUCCCUCUGACGAUGAAGGAACUGGACCGGAUUGUCUCCUACUUGCAGAACAGCGCGGAGCUCAUAGAGAACGUGGAGCUCUGCUUCACCGAGCUGACGGAUGAGGUGUUCCUCCAGCUCUUGCCGGUGCUCAGUGGCCUGCCACACCUCAUGACUCUCUCCCUCAACGGCAACCGGCUUACCAAGGCCAUCCUCCGGGACCUGACGGAAGCCCUGAAGGACCCCAAGAACUUCCCCAGCAUGACUUGGAUUGACCUGGGAAAUAACGUGGACAUUUUCUCCCUGCCACAGCCUUUCCUGGUCAGCCUUAAGAAACGGUCCCCCAAGCAAGGCAACCUGCCGACCAUUCUCGAGUUUGGCGAGGGCCAGGUGAGUGACCUGGAAAGCCAAGAGACCCCAGUGGAGAGCCAAGAGUAUCCAUGCUCGGAGGACGAGGACAGAAACGAUCGUGUGGACGAUGCAAUGCUCAGACAGGUACGGACAUGUGAGGUGAUUGAAGUUCGGCUGCUGCCGAGUGACUCCCCAGCUCCAGGGGAGGCCAUUCCUGUAACGAUUCAGACAUGAAGUGCCGCCACCUCUCGUUGGACCAAGAUGCUCCAAAUAGAUACCUCAACAGCAAAAAGUUCUUAGCCAGACUCUUGUGAGGCUACAGUUGUAACAAGGAAUGCCAACCCCAGUUUAGUUUUAGAGGACCAAAAAGUAGGGACCAAAUUGCAAACCCUGCUUGUACUCUUCGAAUUCCGAGUGGGGCAAGCUACGCUUUUGAUUGGUUAA